ACUGAUGCAGAUAAAGGUAAAGCAGGUCAUUGCGUUACGACGCCGCCGUAAAAGAAAAUAGGACCGGAAGUGUUUUUUCCUCCGCUGUUGACGGAACAGUGAGGGAGGAGAAGAGAGGAGACACCGAGGAGAGAAUCCGACCCGAAAACGAUACUAACAGGACAUGUCUGUUGGGAUGGACAUGGAUGUCAGCGGAGUCUCUAGGACACAUGUGUCCAUUCGUCCCUCGGCUGAGGUCAAAGCCACGCUCAAACCAGAAGCAGAGAGACCUCGCUGCUCCAGCACGCCGUGUUCUCCGAUCAGAGGAACCGUAGCAGGAUACCAGAUCCUCCACAUGGACUCCAACUAUCUGGUGGGCUUCUCCACAGGAGAGGAGCUGCUCAAACUGGCCCACAAAUGGCCAGAACGUCCCUCAGAGAAGUAUCCGUCACCAGCAGCUGUGUCCACCUCCGUCCAGAGUACAGUCCCCAGGUCUGUAGAUUUGGGCGUCCAUCGUUCAUCGAGAAUCUUCAAAGCCAAGAGCCGUUACUAUCAACCUUACGAUGUUCCUGCCGCUAAUGGGCGAAAACGGAGGCGAAGUAUGCCCAGCUCCAGGGACACCUUCUUCAGGACCCUGACCCAGGGAAAAGUGGGAAAGAGGGCACAGUUAAAGUGUCUGGAUUACCUUAAUCUGGACAAACUGAACAUCAAAGAGUCGUCGGACACUGAGGUUCUUCAGCACCAGCUGCAGCACCUAAACCUGCGGGGAGAACAUGGUGUUUCUAAAAAGAAGUCAUGAAGGACUGGGCGGAGUGUGGAAGUUUUUUAGGGGUGUGCGGUUUUAGGUGCUAUUUCCAGCCCGGUUUUGUUUGUACUCAGAUUGAUGAAGGAAAAUUGAUUGAAGGC